AUGAGGUUGAUGGAUGGUAUCCCUAAAUCAAUUUCAGGGUGGAGGGCUCUUGCUGCUUAUGGAGUAGCGAUGGUGGUUGGAGGAAAGCUCUAUAUCUACAAUAAGCGAGAAGUAGCGCAAGAGAAUGUUGAGAAACGAGGUAUGCAGUUAGCAAUCGAACCUCUCAUGCUUGCUGAGAGUGAUCGAGCGUACCUGAAGCAGAUACGUAAGAAUAUGGAGGAAGAGGAAAAGGUGAUGGCUGACUAUCCCGGUGGAUGGGAGGUUGGAAAAUGGAAAAAUGAACCUGUCUUUAAGACUGUCCCCAAAGACUACUGGUGGGACCCUGACAUGAGAGACUACUAUGCCCAUACCUCCAACUGGAAUUAUUUCAAGAGGCUAAAACUUACCCCAAAGCGUUCACAGGAGGAGAGGAGAAAAGAGAUUCUGCAGCGACAAAAGGAGUUAGUUGAGACAUUCCAUAUUGUGCUGGUAAACAAUCAGCUUGAGGAAUCUUACAUUUUCCUUGUGCUCACUUAUAGCAAUCGCUUCAAUAAUGCAAAUCUUGCAAGAAAGCUGGCACUGGAGGAGUCUUCAGAUGAUGAUACCAUGGAGGAAAGGGGAGAAGUGGAAGUUGAAUCGAUGGAUACCGCCCCAAUUCGUCGUAGACAGAGGCGACACCAAGAUCAGCUCAUGUAUUCUGAGUGGCUUAUUGAAGUGCCAGAAGAACUUGAGCAGGACUGGUUGCUGGUUCCCUGCCCUGUUGGAAAAAGGUCCCUAGUCAUAUCCUCUCGAACUGAGUGCCGUUUCUUUAUCCUGAAUUCCCGUCUGGCUGAAAUCCCUGAGCUGCAAGAACUCACUAAUGCCAACAGGUACCGGUUUAGGCCAUUGAAUUGGUACUCCUGUGGGAAAGAGGAGAUCCGUCAAGUCCUUGCUCAGCCUGUUCCCUUCCCAGGAGAACUGGAUGGCCUCCUUUUUUAUCACAAGCAGACCCAUUACACUGCUGGAUAUACUCCACUUGUAGGAUGGCUUAAGCCAUAUAUGGUUCCUGAACUCCUGGGUGUGGAAGUGCCCGAGGCUUACCUGAAUCAACGACCAAAUGAGUACGAUGGCAUGACCAACUUCCUCAAAGACUAUUAUCAGAAUGCAGAAGAACGGAGAAAGGUCCUGGGAGCUUCCACAAAUGAAGCUGACUGGCAUAAGACACCAGAAGGCUCUAACAUCCUCAAGAGCUUCACUGACUCCCGGGACAACUGCCGAAAGGGAUUUGGAGUGCUAAUUGAAUGGCUUGCAAUAUCAACAGGUUUACUUGAAGAGCCCACAGUACCUCCUCACUUGGAUGCUUAUUCCUACAAGGUAUUUGUUGUUGGGAAAGUUGGGAUUGGGAAGACUGCAACAAUUGCCAGGCUCUGUGGCCGACCCCUACCUUCUGGACAUGAGGAGACCCCAGGAAUUGCUCUGACAACCACAUUCUGGCCUGUGAAACUGCGACAUCGAGUCCGAAUAUUUCAACUAGCAUUUUGGGAUGCUGGGGAGACUGCAGCCAGGCGAUAUGAUCAUGUUCUCCCUGAGUGCAAGAAAGAUGCAGAUGGGAUUGUGUUUGUCUUCUCUAUGACUGACUCUGCUUCCCUGAAGGAGCUUCCUCAUUUGAUGUCCAAGACUGUAGAACCUAAUAGAAAGCCUGUUGUGAUUGUCUUUGGUACCAGAUUUGAUUCACCCAACUUGGAAGUGACUCAGCGAGACAUAAAAGACUUUGAGGGGAAGUGGAAGGUUCCUGUGUUCCCUGUUCGGAAUAUCCCUUCUGCUUGGAGCUCAGAUCUGGACAUUAUUGCUCAUCCAUUGAAUAUUCUCUGUGAACAGUUAUGGCUGCUGAUUGCCAUGGAGAAUGUGCAUGUGAACGUGAUGGGACCUCUGGAAGAGGAGGAACUUGAUCCAGGGGUCCGUAUUGAACUGGAGAACCUCAAUUCUUGCACAGAUGAGAUCAAUCGACUUGAGAUGGAAUUGGAUGAUGCAAAUGCUGCAUUCCGUCAAAUCUUAUCUGAAUCAACACAGCAUCUCCGCUAUUUGUCAUCAAAGUUGGGCUCCUGUAUUGAGAAGGCACGUCCAUAUUAUAAGGCAAAGGAUGUUGCUAAGAAGGCACAGAUGGAAUGCCAGAAAGCAGCUAUUCAGUUCCAGCGUGCCAAUGGGAUCCAUCAGGCUGCAAAGGAGACCAUCUCCUUGGCUGAGGAGCGUUUCCUUUCCCAGAAAGGGAGCUGGGAUUUUGAUUCUGCUUGGCAGGAGAUGCUGAAUCAUGCCACUAUGAAGGUGAUGGAGGCUGAAAAACAACGUGCUGCAUCUCAGCGGGAGCAUCAAGAAACUGCAUCAUUCUUCACGCAAGCAGAGCGAAAGGUGCAGCAUCUGGAGGGACGCCUCAAGCGCCACAUUGUCAAAUCCAAGCCAUACUUUGAGCACAAGGAAUCUCUGGAACGGCAGUUGCAGCAACAGAAGCAGAAGAUCCAGCAAUUGCAGACAGCAGUGACUGUUGCAAAGCAGAAAUAUGCUGAUUCUUUACAGAAUUUAGAAUGCAUCUCAGAACGCAUCCAUGCUCGGCGAAAGUUUGCCGAAGAAGGCUUGAGUUCUCGCCGUGUGAGGUUGGACUCUGGCGAUAGAACAACGUAUCAAUUUGAUUUGGAAACACUUGAAGGGCUGAGUCAUUUGUCUUCACCUGCAAUCAGCAGCACUGUAUCAAGUGAUGUUGAGGAUGAAGAUGAAGGGUUUGACUCUGUCAGCAGUGGUGCAGGGGAAGAUAAAACUGACUGGGUUCAAUUUCAGAACAGCAUUCAGAAUCUCACUUUGCAGAUGGCCAAUGAGGGACAGUUGUCACAGGAGGAAAUUGACGCUCAUAUCCAGGAAUGCAUCCGGCAUCUAGGAGUUAGAAAUAUUCAAACUGCUGCAAACUCAGCUCUAGUGUAUAGUUCAGCUUCCACUGCAGCAGAUGACACUGGGUGUUCAUCAUCAACAGACAACUCUGCUGAGGUUGAGGGUGCUGUUGUGAUGCCGUCUGUGGUGAAGACAAUCUUCGCUGAGCAAUUAUGCCAGGCUAUUCUGGAGAAGGACUUAUGGUGUGUGCAGGCAAUCCUGAGACUGGGAGCAGAUGUAAAUCAUUUGGUGGAGGAAAAAGGAGGAGUGUCAGCUAUGCAUCUGGCUGCUGGGAUUCCUGGUGACUCAGGCCUGGAAAUCAUGAAGACUCUUCUAACCCAUGGUGGUGAUCCAAACAUAAAAUCAGAAGAAGGACUGACUCCUGUUCACAUUGGAGUCAUUCAAGGACGGGAAUGGAUUGUGGACCUUCUGUUGCGCAAUGGGGGAAAUCCAUGGAUCCGAGAUAAUGAAGAAUGUGAUGCAUUCACAUAUGCCAAGGACCAGCCUCGUGUUAUCUAUCUCCUCCAGCAACAGGCACAAUUUAAGCUCCAGGAAGAAGAUUCAUGGGACUCUCUCACCCAACUUCGAUUUAGUAAGGUGUUGCCUGUGAAGACUGUGCAGUCAUGGCAUGGAAGCACUUCCUCUCUUACCCAUGCUUCAUGUCACAUUCUUACAUCACAGGAUAUGACUGGAGAUUCAACAUGCACUCUAGGAUCUAUGAAUGUGACCAUUGUGGAAGAUGAGUCAGUGCAAUGCCAGCAAGACAAGACAGACCCCGACAUGCUGCACGGUGGAAGUUGCCUGAAGGCCAAAGUGGAUUUUCAAACCUCAGAUGGGGAAUUCAAUCGGGCUUUCAUCAAGCCCCUAAACAACUUUCAUAGCAUUUCCUCCAGCAUUUUCCCUGAGGGUGAAGGAGCUUUUUCAUCAAGCCUCUCCUCGCUCAGAUCUUGUGGGUCUGUUGUUGAAUUAGUCUAUACUGAUGAGGAAGAAGGAGUUGUGUUGCUGGAGAGACGAUGGCCUAAAGACAUCCCUUCAGUUCUGUCUUCAUCCAGGCUAGAAUGUAUUGUAGAUGAAGUGUUAGGCCUUUCCAAGGGUCGAGCGCAUUGUAAUGCCUCAAGGUUGAGUGAAGGAAACCUCAGAUACUGCAAAAUGACAAUCCAAGCAGAGAGACCAACGGAACGGUCUACAGUUUCGCCUAGUACCUAA